UGCCUCUACAAACCAAUGGGUGAUGCUCAGGUCAAGCAGUCGCCCAAUGAGAUUGUCCCCUGGGCAGGGUUUUUCCGUAGCGGGUUCGCCCCUUCCCAGGCUCUUCGAGUUGGUUCCAAUGAGAAGACGGGGAGAAUGGAUGGCAACGAUUACGGAGGCUAUGGCUCCUGGAGUACGGCUGCCGGCGUGAGCAGUGCCGAGGUCGGUGCCUCAGGUUACGAGGGCUACGACUACUUCAACGCGCAGUCUGCAGGAGCCGCUGGCCCCCCCCAGCCCACGGACUCCUACGGCUACGGCGGCUCCUGGGAGGCUCCCCAGGCCGAGUCCGUCCCGGGCUCCGUGAGCACCGGAGAGGGGGACGGGAGCCAUGGCGUCUCCGAGGGGUCCACGCCCAAGACGCCCAAGCGCAAGAAAGAGAACCCCGACUCCCUCAUCGCCAAGAUCAACCAGCGGCUCGACCUGAUGUCCCGGGAGGGGUGCGAGGGCGACGGCGAUCAGAGGUGAGGCCCGCCGCUGCCUGGGCACUCUGCUGCUCUACAGCCCCUGGUCCUGCGUUUGCUUCUGCAUGGGGGCACCGUCUGUGUGGAGUCUGCGCGUUGUCUCCCUCUGGCUGCUCCCGUUUACUCCUGCGGAAGCGCUGACUGAGGCAUCUGCGGUCUUCGCUCUGCCCCUGGUGCGCCCCUUGCUGGACGGGCGUCCCGUCCGGGGUCUUGACCCUCCUUGUGCCCGGUACCUGCCGGAUGAGGCUCUGGCUCACUGUCUGAGGUGGCUAUGCCUGAAACCGGAUGCACGGGUGAGAGGUGCCAGUCGGGCACGCCGCCCCCCGUGAACCCGUUGCCUUCAGGCACACAGCGGGCUCAUCUCGCCUUGCCG